UUUUUGAAUGUUCAAAAGCUGCCAGAUUGAGAAUAUUUCGUCCUUCCUUCGUUGAAACUUCAGAAUAGCGGCGAAUCUGAUUCGAUUUCAGGGUUCAAAUUGAAGAUUUUGGCUUUCGACAUCUCUCACUUGUAGAUCCUCACAACGCUAACCCAUUUCCAAGUGAGGGUGGAUCUUAAGAAAUCGAUUUGCAAGUUCAAAGCUUUGAUGGCUAAAAAGGAGAGACCUAGACCUCAAAAGUUGUCUGUUUACCUUUAUAUACCUAAUAUUGUUGGGUACAUGAGAGUUCUCUUGAACUGUGUUGCUUUUGCUGUGUGUUUCUCCAAUAAGACACUUUUCUCUGUCCUCUAUUUCUUCAGCUUUUGUUGUGAUGCUGUGGAUGGCUGGGUUGCUCGUAGAUUCAACCAAGUUUCAACAUUUGGAGCUGUUCUCGACAUGGUCACAGAUAGGGUUAGCACGGCCUGUCUACUCGUGAUUCUCUCUCAAAUCUACAGGCCUAGCUUGGUCUUCCUUUCAUUGCUGGCUUUAGAUAUUGCUAGUCACUGGCUGCAGAUGUACAGUACGUUUCUAGCUGGGAAGAGCAGCCAUAAGGAUGUGAAAGACAGCACAAGCUGGCUGUUCAGACUAUACUAUGGAAACCGGAUAUUUAUGUGUUAUUGCUGUGUUUCUUGCGAGGUUCUGUAUAUCAUCCUUCUUCUCAUUGCAAAGAACCAGUCCGAAAAUCUCCUGAAUGUCGUAGUUGCCACAUUAACGCAGAUUUCACCACUCUCUUUUCUCCUGGCUUUGACAUUGUUUGGCUGGUCGAUGAAGCAGACCGUCAAUGUCAUUCAGAUGAAAACGGCUGCAGACGUUUGUGUACUGUAUGACAUAGAGAAGCAGCAGAAGCCUUGAUCUUCCUUUUUCUCUGAACCUGCAACUCUUUUUUCUUUUUAACUGUGUGUUCUGUUUUCACUGUGGAUGUAGAUAAUUGUUUUUAAUGAGAUGAAUGAAGAAUAUUAAUUUGCCUUUUGAUAUAAUCUUCUUUGUACAUAUAA